AAAGCCGCCUGGGAAAUCAUAAGGAGGAAUCAAAACAAUCCUCAGAGAUAGAAAGCAGCCUUGCAGGUGCUGUUUGUCAGUUUCUUGUUUUCUUGCAAGAGAAGGUCGAGGGGUGGUGUGCCCCACUGACCAAUGACAGUGAUGUGUUAGUUUACUAACCAAUAAGAGUUUUACCUUUCUGUACUUUUGUGUAUCGGUCUAUAAAAGAAGAUCUGAGGUAAUAAACCUUGCUCUCCUGUUCAGCUCACAAAAGGAUCUGUGUUGUACUACCUUGCCAUGCCUAAUAGAGAGUGACAAGUAACUAUUUAUUUACAAAUAUGUAAAUAAAAAUAUUACAAAAAGGCACUGCAACUCACCGUGCUCCCCCCAACAAUUACAAUGGCAGUAUAGCCACCACAACCUCAGUGGAAGGCAAAUUGGUAGGAAAGGGAAUAAGUUACAAUAAACUAGCAGUAAGAGCUGGGAGAGAAAAGUUUUAUGAGGACCAGCAGUAUUUAACCGUGGGCUCUUAAACCACACAAGUAAAGGACUGCUCCGGUGUGAUAAAAGGUUCAAAUAUGCAUGUAUCAUGCUCAGGAGAGCACAUUCAAGCUUCCUGUAACUUCUGUAGUUGCUGCAGGCUACGUGAUGCUCGCUGUAGCCAACAUCUGCCCAACAGCACAACCAUAAGGAAGCCACAGAUGAAUUUCAAAUUUGAAUAAACACUUGCAGUAAAUGCCCCAGAACACAGGGGAGUUUGAUAUCAGCUGACACAUCUCAACUUUCUGGUUGGUCCAAUAGUUAAGUUCAGUAGAAAACAUGGACAACAGUCCAAGGCUAGUACAAGUACAGUGCAGAUAAAUAACAAAAUCUGCAUUCCUCCUCUAAGUUUCCUCCACCCAUUCCUGAUUUUGUUUCUCUGGUCUCUAGUCAGGACAGAACUUUGUUUUUCUGAGUAUAGGUGGAGUCAAAUGACUUUUGAGGAGGGGAGGAGGGGAUUCUUAUAAAACCCGAUGCUUAUGCAUCCUGAAAGAAACAAAUUGAUCUGUUCCACUAACCAGAUGGCAGUUCAGAUGAGAAAGAUGACCUGGUGGUUUGCAGCACUUCUCAAGAACUUACAUACAACUGGAAGGUGAAGGAAGAACUUCAUAUCCCAUACUAGCCCUGGCUAUCUGAAUAAGGUAAUUUCUUGAUGCUAUACUUGACUUUUGUUACUUCUAACUGGUUGCUCAGAGCAUCCAGCCCCUCUUUUCCAUCCUAAUACACUUUGCCAAUAAACUGCUAUAGAUCAUACUCAUUAGAGUGACUCCUUCUAAAAUGUUACAAAGAUAGAAAGGAAAAUUUAAUAAAGAAUUCCUCCUGAAUUUGUGUUUGAGGAGCAGGAACUAGUAUGACUCUAUUGUAGUUGAAGCUCUAGUGACAGGUGAGCAUUAGCAGAGCUAGUCCAAGUUCUAGAUGUAAAUAAUAAAGUAUCUGAAUGUGAGAAACAUAGUGCUUGCCUCUGUACCAAGGAACAUGUGUGGAGGAAAUUUCAGCAUAAAUUACAAUUGAUUUCCUUGUUUCUUUCCAUCUUUCUUCUAACACAACUAAUAAAACAGGACUAUAUUAUUUAAUCAGUUGUUAAUUUAUUAGAGAUGUAUUAUAUAUUUAGUUUUACAUAGUUCCUCUUUCAAAGUAUCAGCCUUUGGUAAAAGUAGUUUUGUGUCUCUGUAUAUUAAGUAUGUUUUUCUCCCUUUUCUCUUUUUUUUUUGGUAAGUCCAAAUCCAAAGUAAUAGUACAAUAUUUGUGCUGGAAACCCAAACCAUACACCCAUUACCAAAUCGCAUUUCUUUAUCUAAGUGUGGAAAAACUUAAAACUUUCUCUUUUUCGUCUUGGGCAACCUAUAUCUGUAAAGUAUCACCAUCUCACAAGAAGCCCACUCAGCCUCCAUUCAGUGAGAGUGAAUACACUUAGUUGAGGAGUGUUAAGUAUGACUUGCAUGAAAACAAGAAGUUUAGGAUUCAUACUAACAACAGUUUUUUCUUGAUUCCACCACCAAGUUGUUUUGCAAUGUGCAGCAAAUGUAUUCAACUCAUUUGCACUUGUGUGAAAAGUAAAUUAGAACAUGGAGCACAAGAUAACCAAGUAGAACAAGUAUCCGUCUUCACAAGUUUAUGUGGCACCCUAAAAUGCAAGCAAUGAGAUAAGCAUUUUAUAAUUUAUUUUUAUUAUUGUCUGAUAAGCUUUUUGAAUCAAUGGCAUGAAUCAAAGCAGAAAUAGCUUGGAGAACUUGUAGAGCAUGAAUAGAGGAACAGCCCUGGUGCCUCAGAAAGUGCCUUUGUAGUUAUCCAGGUGCAAAGAUAAAGGUUGCACUCUUGCCUGCAUGUUCUUGCUGGCAAAAUUUGCCAAGAGCGUAACACUACUAACAGAGCUGUCUGCUCUUGCUGACGCACACACCAAGAACAGGCUUUCCAGAUUUAAGUCCCUGUCUCACAGGACAUCUGUUCCAGCUGCCAUGAGAAAUCUUGGAGGUAGGAGUCAGUGGGAUGCUAGAUAGAAAACUUAUGCUUCCAGGCACAGCUUUACAUUUUUGAGGGAUCUUGUGUAUGGUCAGGCACAAAAGAAGGAGUAGUUUCCCUACAAGUUUUUUCUCCUUUUCAUUUAGAAGGUUAGCUCCAGGGACAAAGUGAGUAAAUGGAGAUAUUAGUACCUUACUGUUUGUCAUAGCUCAAUAGCUAAGAGCAAAAGGAGAUCAUAUGUAGGUUUUUUUCAGCUUAGGAUGUUUGCAAUUACAUCAUCUUACAAAAAACUGUCUUGAAAGCGAAGGAGGAACAAAGCAUGGUGUUAGAAACAUGUUCCCUUAUUGUAAUAUCUAUACUUUCUUCUACCCUCUUCAGGCAUUCCAACAAUUCCCUACAGUAUGUAGCUUCACUGCUUUCAAAUCCAUAGGACUGAUGAAAAAUAACUACCUCAUUAAUUAAUAAUGCAACAGAAAUAGAAAUUUAAUUUUGGAGUUACAUAUAACGUGAUCAUUAAUAGGAACUGAAGGCUGAAUUCUGAGCUAUGACAUAAAAGAUGUACUUGUUGUAAGGAAACAUACUGUUCAUUUAAGUUUUGUGAGCAGUAAGGCCCAAUUUAUACUCCUCCUGGGAAAGAAUUUGCCUAAUGAAAGUAAAGGGUGCUGGGUGGUGUCAUGCAGAUUUUAUCAUGCCUGUUUUAGUCUCGGUGUUGCCUGGUAAGUAGCAGGACUUCUUCUAUCUGUCUUGUGGCACAAAUCAUAAUCCCUUGCCCAGACAUGUCCAUGCAGAAUGCAGAAAUAUCAGUACCACUCUGCCUAGGCAGGCUCAUUUAGCUUGAGUGUUGUGUCCUUUUUAUGUUCUUCCAGGCCUCAAACAACAUUAGGACUAUGCUACUCUGAACAUUGUCAGAAGACAUGGCUACUGCUUGAUAUAAUUUCUGUAUUUUCUUACAGUAAACUGAGCACUAAUACAAGUAUUAAUGCUUCCAACUUCACAAAAUUUAUGACCUUUGAAAGUAUUAGCUGCAUUUGACAACUGAGAAAAGAGGCACAGCAAGAACUAACAACUUGCUUAAGGUCACCCAGAAACUGUGGGAAUGAAAACCUGAUUCUUUCAUACAGGCCUCAACACAAGGCAGUCUCUCCCUCUCUUGUGGCUGUUCUAAGAUUUUUUAAGAUGUGCAAAUGUGUUCAGUGCCAUGUCAGUCUGGACACAUGGCAGUAGAAUGAUUUUGCUUCUGAUCCCUAGAAGGCUCUGAUGGCUUCUUUUCACCACUCUGCUGCAGUGAUUCAGAUCCUUCUGAGAUCAUGUACCUCAAUGGAGCAAAUCAGAGGACUAGUGACUACUUCUUUGUACUGGAUAAUUUCAAGUGGUAUGGAUUCCCUCAUACAGCUCAUUUUUUCCAGCUGCACACAGGGUAGAUAAUUUUAAGUAUGGUACAUCUUCAGCUAUCUCAAGUUCCCAUUCUGCUCCUGAGAUAGGUCUUUUUUGGUCUUCUGCAUCUUGUACAAUACCCCUACUCAGAAUUUAGUGUCCAUGAAGAAACCAGAAAAAUGUAUGAAUGCUUCUCUCCCUCCAGCCAGAUGCCGUGUCCUCCAUGCACUGCAUGAUUACUGCAUGUUUAUCACAAAACUUUAAAGGGGAAAUAUGCUUUUCCAGCUUUGUGUUUAAUAAGAUCUUCUUGCCUAUGAAUACAUCUUUGCAAGGAUGGAUGUGCAUAAUUUUGGCAAAAAUGCUUGGCAUUGCAAGAACAAUUAAUAUUUAUAAAUGCUAAAAUGUUGGGGACCCUAAAAUUCUUCUGUCUUUGAAAAUCUUCAUGUCUGAAUAUUUUCCCAUUGUCUUCUCUCCUUUGUUCACAUCUGCAUGCUUUUUUUGUUUUCUUAACCUUGUACUUGAAUUUUUAUUUUUAUUUUUUUAUUCAGUCUUCUGUCUCUUGGGGCAUCUGUUCCCCAGGUAAUAUUUUCAGUCAAACCACUGUAAUGAAUGUUGUAUUUUAACUUGGUGAUUACUUCUGUAAGCCAUUCCUAGGAUAUUUUAAUAAAUUUCUUUAACAAUGGGCCUUCUACCAAUUUGCAGAUCUGUUAAAAAACCUCAUCACCAUCACUACCACUCCAGAAAAAAAAAAAAAAAAAAGAAGAAAAAACAACCCAAACCCAGAGAAGAUCUAAGAAUUAGAAAAGAUGCAGGCUAAGGACAGCAAUCCACCAGAUGGUGGCUAUGGAUGGGUUGUGGUAGUGUCAGCCUUCAUGGUGAUGGGCCUCACUGUUGCUGUCCUCAAGACUUUUGGUCUGUUCUUUGUUGAAAUCCAGCAGCACUUUGAUGAACUUGCAAGCACCACUUCCUGGAUUACAUCAGUAACUAUUGCCGUCUUUCAUUUAGGAGCCCCUGUUGCCAGUUCACUGUGUGUACAAUAUACCCAUCGGACAGUUGUGAUCACUGGAGGACUUCUGGCUUUUUCAGGAAUGGCAUUGGGAUUUUUUGGACUCAACAUGGUCUGGAUGUAUGCAACAACUGGCUUCCUACAGGGUCUCGGCAUUUCUUUUUCGUGGACACCAGCCAUUAGCAUUGUUAGCCACUAUUUCUCCAAGAAAAGGGCUUUGGCCAAUGCUAUUGCCAGUGCUGGAGAAUGUGCCUUUGCAUUUGUGUUUGGGCCAUUUUUCCAGUGGUUGAUUAGUCAAUAUGGAUGGAAAGGUGCACUCUUGAUCAUAGGUGGCAUCCAACUGAAUAUUUGUGUUUGUGGAGUACUGAUGAGACCCCUGGCAAGCAGCUGCCUCCUUGAGACCAGCCAUUAUGGAACUGAAACACCACCUGGCAACGGUGCAUCUGGGAGAGACAAAGAAGAUAAGUCUCCCAUCAUGCACAAAACCUUAAACUGGAUGCUUGUGAAACGACCAGAAUUUGUACUUUAUGCCAUUUUUGGUAUAUUAGCUGCUAUGAGCUUUUUUGUUCCUCCGUUAUUUUUAGUUCCACUUAGCUAUAGCCUGGGAAUAGACGAAUCAUGGACUGCAUCCCUCCUAUCCAUUUUGGCUAUGGUGGACUUUGGAGGCAGAUUGCUGUGUGGCUGGUAUGCCAACCUCCACGUUACCAAAACCAUUCAUUUGUUGGCAAUGACGAUUACAUUGAUCAGUACUUCCCUGAUGCUGUUGCCACUGGCUAACAAUUACCUUUCCUUGGCAAUAUUCACUGGCUUCUACGGAUUCUUCUUUGGUACAACAGUCGCCAUUCACAUUACAGUGCUGGCAGAUGUUGUAGGCAUGCCAGAAUUUGACAGCGCUCUAGGGCUUUUCAUGCUCAUUCGAAGUACUGGAGGUUUCGUGGGGCCUCCUCUUGCAGGUCUGAUUGUGGACAUGGCUGGAGAUUACAGAGCAAGCUUCUACGUGGCAGGAGCCACUCUCGUCCUAUCAGCUGGAUUUUUAAUUAUUUUAGAUCUACUCCAACAGAGAAAAAAAAGAGGAAGCAAGAUCAGAACUAAGCCAGAAAAGUCAACAUUACCCUACCCUUCCCUCCAUACCCUGAAACAUCAAACCAGAAGGUAUUGAGAGCACAAUGUACUGGUGUGACUACAUGAGACCUCUGACAGCAUUUCAGGACAUAUGGAAGUAGAGUUUUUUUGCCAAACUUACUAUUUUUAGGAUUUAUAAAAGAACGUAGGUUUUGGGUAGGAAUGUUUGAAACAAAGGAAGAAAGUAAUUGAUUUACAUGCAAACUAGAGCAGUA